GGAGGUGGACGUGGAGUCCGCGGCUCCUGGCUGGUGCGGCUGCAGGGAACCCCUUGCCACCUCGGCUGCACAGCGCGCCCAAGCCUCGAGACGUUGCGAGCAGGGUUUGUCUGCACCCCUGCUGUAAUCGCUUCUGAUGGCUGCUAACAAAGGAAGAGGACGGGCUGCCUACACCUUUAAUAUCGAGGCCGUUGGCUUCAGCAGGGGGGAAAAGCUACCUGAUGUUGUGCUGAAGCCACCACCACUGUUUCCUGAUACAGAUUACAAGCCAGUGCCCCUGAAAACAGGAGAAGAUGAGGAUUACAUGCUGGCCUUGAAGCAAGAGCUGAGAGAAACAGUGAAACGAAUGCCUUAUUUUAUUGAAACCCCUGCAGAAAAACAAGAUGAUAUUGAAAGGUAUAGUAAGCGGUAUAUGAAGGUAUACAAAGAAGAAUGGAUACCAGACUGGAGAAGACUUCCCAGAGAGAUGAUGCCAAGGAAAAAAUGCAAGAAAGCGGAUCCAAAAUCCAAAACAGCCAAAGCUGCAGACAGAGGGCCUUCACUCGCUAAUUCUGCAGAUGUGUUGAAAAAAAUUGAGGAAUUAGAAAAGAGAGGCGAUGGUGAAAAAUCAGAUGAAGAAAAUGAAGAGAAAGAAGGGAGCCAAAAGAAAACUAAAGACGGCGAUGACGAUGGCGACGACGAUGACGAUGCAGAGCAAGAGGAGUACGAUGAAGAGGAGCAAGAGGAGGAAAACGACUACAUUAACUCCUACUUCGAAGAUGGGGAUGAUUUUGGUGCAGACAGCGAUGACAACAUGGAUGAAGCGACCUACUAGCCAUGGGAUUUCGCUCGCUCUCUCUCUUUUUUUCUGGUAUAGCUUCAAGCAUUUGGAUUUGACUUACUUUACUUCUAAGAUUAAGUCCAUAUUUUCUUUCAUUCAGUGUUUCAUUUGACGAAUUCUUACCCUGCUCUUCAGAACUACUCUAUGUUUACACACGUGACCUUACCCCAGCACCUCUGCUACCGGCUGUGUAAGGAGUGGUGGUGUGGAGGUUUUUGGUCUUUGUUUUAUCUGGAUUUGAAUGUGCCUGAAGACUCGCUCAGUCUGUGUGUUCGUACUUGAAAAAGAUCACCCCUGCUACCUGCUGACCUUUGGUAAAGCUGUUACUAGUCCUAGUGGAUUUCUACCGAUACCGCACAUGGAGCACUUUAAAAACAAACUGGAAGAUGAUUUCUCUUACCCGGUAUGCUCUGUUUUAUCACACUGACUGCAUAGACUCAGCAUGUUCUUAUCAAGUGCAGAUGAGUGUUGGUGGUAAGAAACAUGCUCACAGCAAACAGUAGUGACCUAGGUGAGAUAACCCUCACAGCUUACAUCUCAGCCAAAACAAAGGCUGUCACGGGGAGGACGGUUAUAAAUGCUUGCCUUUGGGGGUAACUCCAUGCCUUACAAUGUAUGAAUUAAUGAUUUCACUAUACUAAGUUUGAUUAUCUUCAAUUUGUUGAGUUUAUGGAAAGAAGUAAUUGAGACAUACUGUUUAUUCUCUGCUUUGUGUAAGUGGAAAUGAGUCGUGGUUGUCUAAACUUCAUGACAGAAUGAUAUCUGUGAAUACAAUGGGGGGGCAGUACCCUCAGUUUUAUAGCACCAGAUUCAGAAACAGCAAGUCAAGUCUAGAAUCAUGGAAAUGAACUCAGGUCAUUCUGAAAUUACAAUCGAUUCUUCUUGUCUUAACUUACAGGGUGACUCCCCUGCAGUUUUAUAUUUUGCAGAGAAAAUACCCAGAACCCUUAACCUCUAAGGAUUUUUAACAUGCCAAAGGUUUUCAAGGAAAUGCAUAUUUUGCAUUUCAAAACUAAUAUAUUAAAAUUAUCUACCUAAAGGAUAAAAACCUGCUUUCCCCUUUGGGGAGAAUUGUCACUUAUUACCUUCUGACCUGUUUUUUCUCUCAGGAUCAAGAUAACCUUGAAAUUGAGCUUAAGUUUUUGUGCCUUAGUUUCUCCACUUGUAAACUGUUUCCUAUAAAAAUUGUUCAAACACUGACCAGAAUUUAUCAAAUAUGCAAUCUUUUACUUUACAGAAACAAUGGUGUCUUAAAUUUGAUUUUUACUCUGUAAACAAGUGUGCUAUGGAAAAUGAAAUAGUUGUGAGAAACAUUUAUCUGUUAAGUUACAUUUCGUUUUUCUGAUCUUGUAUCUGUGUUAGAAACUGUAGUUAAUUUGUACGGUCUGGAGAGAUCUCAACAUUCCUUUCUCAGGAGAAGGAUCACUUUCAAUGGCAAUACUUCUUCAAAUGCUUCUAGAUGGGUACAAUGGCCCACGGCUUGUCUAUAUAGUGCUGUACUGACCACAUGUGACUUAUAUCCAGUUCCCAAGAGCUUAUAAAAAUGUUUUAGGACUCUAAGUGGCAGCAUGAAAAGUGUUUCAAGCUCCAGUGUAUUGGGAAACUUCCAUCAAGUUUUUAGUGUUGAUGGCAAAUGCUGUUAUUUGGGAAUAAUAGGUACUUAAUUCUCUUACAUUUGGUACCAGAGCCAAAUAUGUAGUUUAUAGAUGCUCUAUUUUCUGUUUCUUCCCUUUAUUAUAAGUCUUCACAUAACUGCUCAUAUCUUGGAGAUGCACUAUUUUCCAGUUAGCCUUCACUAUUGUGUUCCGGCCAAGGGAAGGACUUGCUCUGGGCCCCUGGCAUCUCCUCUAAGGACAUCCAUCCCCCUUUGAAAGAUCACUUUACAACUUUAAACAUACUAAUUUUGAGAACAUGAUUUUUUUUUUCAGGUUGCUUGACCAACAUAAAUCUGUUUCCUUGGCUUAAGCUCUGAGACUGUGAAAUUACUUUAUAGAGAUAACUACUUAAUGGUUAAAGUACUUACUGGGACUGUGGGUAAAAUGUCUUUAACAUUAUCUUAACAAAUAAAACAAAUUGCAACAAUGCUAA